AACUGCCGCUGCAAAUCCAAUUGCCACCAGUACGUCAGGGAGGCGCUGUUCCGCGCCUGCGCACACCGGAAGCGUGUCUCGGCGUAAUGGCGGCCUCGGAGAGGAGUACGAGGGAUAAGCUGUUGGGAGUGUUAGAUGAUUUGGAAGUGUUAUGUAGGGAAUUAAUUGAGCUACUUGCAUUAUCCAGAAACCAAAAAAUUGCACAGCCAGGUGAAGAAAAUCAGAUCUUGAAUCUGUUGAUUCAGAAGGAUGGAGAAUUCCAAGAAAUAGUAAAAGUUGCAUUGGAGCAAGGUAAAAUCCAGGAGGAAAUGCACCUUCUGGAGAAAGAGGUGGAAAAAAGAGAUGGUGACAUCCAGCUGUUACAAAAACAGCUCAAAGAGGCUGAACACAUAUUGGCCGCUGCUGUGUAUCAAGCCAAAGAGAAAUUAAAAUCUAUAGAGAAAGCAAGAAAAGGUGCAAUCUCAUCCGAAGAGCUUAUCAAAUAUGCUCAUAGGAUAAGUGCUAGCAACGCAGUAGCAGCACCACUAACAUGGGUCCCAGGUGAUCCACGGAGACCAUAUCCUACUGAUCUGGAAAUGAGGAGUGGUCUUCUGGGACAACAAAGUAACCUUUCAACCAACGGAAUGAAUGGGCAUUUACCUGGCGAUGCACUGGCUGCAGGCAGAUUACCAGAUGUACUUGCACCUCAAUACCCAUGGCAAUCAAAUGACAUGCCCCUCAAUCUAUUGCCUCCAAACCACAACAAUGAUUUUAUGUUGGAACCUCCUGGUCAUAACAAAGAGAACGAAGAUGAUGUGGAAGUUAUGUCAACAGAUUCUUCAAGCAGCAGUAGUGACUCUGACUGAAGGCAGUAUGCCCCAUUGUUCAAAACAAAAUUUUUGCUGUUCCUAUUUGAUAUUGUUGAUGCAGAAUUGAUAUGAACAUAUUUAUAUUUUGAUAAUCUUUGUUGUGAGAUGGAUAAAAUUCUGUACACGUGUGAAGUGAUGCUUAAAGACAUGUCUUCUGCAGAAUUUAACUUGUUAUCCAGUUAUUUUUGAUUGUAGAAGAUAGUAAUAACACUAUAAAGUAAAAUAUCCUGGAUCAAUUUAUUCUGUAGACUUCCAAACCCUGAAAUAUAGAGCUAAAUUGCUCUGCUAUAUGUUAAUUACAGCAUUUUCUCUAGAAAAGGUGGAAAUAAGUGGUUUCUCCUACAAUAAAAUUCUAAAAAUUCGAAACUUCAGCAGAAGUUUAUAAUGCAACAUAAUGCAGAAAAGAGAACUGAAAAAGAAACCAAAAAUAGCAACUUAUUGCAACUUUUAACUGCCGCGAGAAUUAAAUGAGAAUUAGUGAGAAUUAAAUACAUUUCAUAAACCAUUUAAACUGUGACAAGAAAGGAAGCCACAACCCUAGUCUAAAAAUUACGCUAUUACAGGAAUAACUUAGCAACUAUGUUAGAACUGGUUUCCCAAAAUGUUGACAAUUUCAUUUUCCCUUCUCCCUCUCAAAUGUUUGACAUCUCGUCUCUUAGUCCAGACUCUUUUUAUAUGGACAAUUAGACUGAUUAGUUCACUGUGAUAUUACAGUACAUUUUCCACAAUAAAAAAGUUGUUUGUACAAAAUAUUGUUUGAAAUGUAUAUUUUGUGAUUAAGUAUGUUUUCUAUAUUGUAAAUAAAUACUGUCUUUUACACACAGAUAAUAUUCAUGGUUUUACUUAUGGAGAUAUUUUUAACUGAUCUUCCAUACUUGAGAGCCUUCCCAAACUUCUAAGGAGCCUGCAAAAUCAUACGCCUCAAUGGGAACCAAGGGUCCAAGGAAUUGGACCAUGGCAUGAAUAAGGUUGUGAACUCCUGAUGGGAACCAAAUGAUACUCUCCACACUUAAAUGAUUACCACCACAAUCAGAUAGUCAUCCCUGCUCCACUGAUAACUGUUCACACAUGCUAUUGUUGGUUUGUGUGGUAUUUUCAAUUCAGUUCAGUUUCAGUUUAUUGUCAUUUAGGAACCACAAAUGCAAUGCAGUUAAAAAAUGAGAAUGUUCCUCCAGAAUGAUAUCACAAAAGCACAUGACAAAACAGACUACACUAGAAAAUCCACAUAAUGUUUGGUAAUCCCCAAAUCCAGAGUCCAGAGAGGCUGCUGUGUAUUAAUAUCACACUACCAUCUUAGCGCAUUCCCCGGAAAGGAGCUCCAAACCCACCAGACAAAACAAGACUACCCAGACACACCAAGUCAGAAGACCAACUCUACCACCCAACAAACCAACAACUAAAGCUAUAAGACCUACACAAAACUACAUAGUUACAUAUAAUUGUAGUUAACAUACAAUUACAACAGUGCAGACAAUAUCAUAAUUGAUUAAAAAAAAACAGACCAUGGGCACAGUAAAAAAUAAUCCAAAAAUGUUAAAAGACUAUGAUUUCGAAAGAAACCGCCAGUUUCAAGUCCUCAGGGUCCCGAUAGAUUCGUCAUCUCACGCAGGUGGCAAAAGGGAAUACCCCCGCUAUGGACUUACAAGGUGCUGCCGGACUCAGCCUCACAGACGCAGCACACAAUGAAAGCUCCGUCAGACCCAGCCUUGCAUAUGCAGCACAGAGUGAAAGCGCCCCGACCGCAGCGGAUUCAGAGUCCGUCGAAGCUCCGACCAUUCCCUCCGGCACAGCUUCUCCGAGCACAGUCCUCUGCCGAGCGCACUAUGACGCCCCGCCAACGGCCACCAGCAACGCGACCCCGAGGACUGGAGGCCUGUUCUUCUCAGCAGAGACCCGGACCCCUCAGCAGUAGCAACAAAGAAGGCCUUCCUGAUGCUUGUACAGGAGAGAAAACCCUUCCUAUCCAUGAGAAACAGCUGGCAGCUCACACAGAGAAGCUCUUCACUCAGAAUUGUGAGCUGCUUUCAAGUGUGGGUGAUCUUGUUACUCAAAGAGACCAUAAAUCUGCUCAUGAGAGGAAGUUCUCUGCUCAAUGGAAACAUCAAGCUUUUCCUUAGCAUCUCUCUCUAUUCUGGGACCUUCGAGAGCCACAUUGUGGCUAGUGCAACACUAUUAUAGUUUGGGGUGCUGGAGUUCAAUUCUGAGGUCAUCUGCAAGGAGUCUGCACAUCCUCCUCAUUGAAUGUGUGGGUUUCCACCUUGUGCUCUGGUUUCCUCCCACAGUCUACAGAGGUAUCAGAAGGUUAACUGAUCAUUGUAAGCUGUCCUGUGGGCUAGGGUUAAAUCAAGGGUUGCAGGGCAGUCCAGAUUGAAGUGUCAAAAUGGCCGAUUCCACACUGUAUCUCUAAAUAAAAUAAUAAAAUAAAACUACAGAGCACAUCUCCAACGGGAUCAGGCUGAGACUGCACAGAAACAGAAAAACUUCAUACAGUAUCAUUCUCUACACAGAACCGUCACUUGAGAGGUAUUACUGGAUUUGUGCUAAGGAGUUGAAUGUCAUGGUUGCCUUGAACAUAAAAAAUAACGGAACUAUUCUGUCCCAUAUGCCUGCUCUGCCAUUGUCUAUUUUCCUGGAGCAAUAAAGCUAUCUCUUGAUCCCUGAUAAAUCCUACAAUAAAAUAGACCGCUCCAAUGUAUGUUGCUCAUUCUUCACAAUGCCACUCUAUAGUGGUGCUGUGGGAUGUCAAAACGCAAUGAUGCAUUUUGGUCAUUGCCACCUUCAAUCCCAUUUCUGCCUCCCGACUCUCUGUAAUCCUAGAAUUCCUAGGGGGAGAAAAGUGGCUGCUCCCAAACUGCCAAAGAGAAAGCAGGAAAUAGUUACACUCAAGCUACAUAUAUUUAUGGCAGAGCAGCAGUAAACAUUGUCUUCUGUUGAUCAGUUCAAAGGGACUGUCGUAAUCUUAAUGAAAUGCAAUCAGUAUCUAUCAUUUCUGGCAGCAUCUGCCAUUACAAAUGAUGAUUGUCUCCUCCAGCCUGUUAAAUGUGUUGCACUUCAGAGGCCACCCUUCUGUUCCCAUUAUUUUGGUGGAUAUUAUAUUAUGCUACUUUUGUAGGGUUGACCUGUAUGUGGGGAAUACAGGGGAUUGAAAAUCCAUUGGUGGGGUGUGGAUGGGAGGUUUGAAAAAGUUAAAAAUGUAUAUGAGAACUGUACUUUCAAGCCUUCACAGAACAUUAUGUGAAGCAAUCUUUUUCAAAUUGUUCUAUAGUGUGGGGAGUUCUCACUCUUGGAAAAGACAAUUUGGGUCAUCUUUCAGGCUCAUCUAAAGCUGGUUCAGGUGUGUAUCUCUUGGCACAUACGGUUCAAACAAAAUUGUGAACCCUUUGCAAUUUUUCUGCGUUAAUUAGUUAUAAAAUGUGGUCUGAUCUUUAUUUAAUAGACAAACAAUCUGCCUAAACUAAUAACACACCAACAAUUGUACUUCUCAUCAAUACUGAGUACACAGUCCAGGUUCAAAAAAGUACAUGAACCUCUGGGGUAAUGCCUUCUACAAAAACUAUUUGGAGUCAGGUGCUCCAAUCAAUGAGAUUGGAGGUGUGAGUUGUAGAGGUGCCCUGCUCUAUAAAAAAGACACACAAAGUCAGGUUACUGACAACCUGCUCAAGAAAGAUCUGUUUAUGUGCACUAUGCCUCAAUCAAAACAACUUUCAGAGGACUUUAAGGGAAGAAUUGUAGAGAUGCAUGGAGCUGAAAAAGGCUACAAAAGUAUUUCUAAAGACCUGAGUGUUCAUCAGUCCACAGUAAAAGAAAUUGUCUACAAAAGGAGUAAACUCAGUACUGUUGCUACUCUCGCUAGGAGUGGGUGUCCUGCAAAGAUCACAUCAAGAGCACAACGUGCAAUGCUGAAGGAGAUGAAAAAGAACCCAAAGGUAACAAGUAAAGAUCUGUAGAAAUCUCUGAAACUUGCUAAAGUCUCUGUUCAUGUGUCCACCAUAAGAAAAACACUGAACAAGAAUGGUGUUCAUGGAAGGACACCACAGAGGAAACCACUGCUCUACAAAAACUUGCAUAUGUCAAGUUUGCAUAAGACUACCUGGAUGUUCCACAACACUUGUGCGACAAUGUUCUGUGGACAGAUGAGACAAAAGUUUAACUCUGGCAGAAAUGCACACCGCUAUGUUUGGAGGGCAAAGGAUACUGCACCCCAACACAAAAACCUCAUCCCAUUUGUGAAGCACGGUGGAAGGAGCAUCAUGGUUUGGGCUGCUUUGCUGCCGCAGGGCCUGAACGGCUUGUAAUCGUUGAUGGAACAAUGAAUUCAAAACUGUUUCAAGACAUUUUACAGGAGAAUGUCAGGGUAGCAGUCCAUCACAUGAAGCUCAAUAAAAGUUGGAUGAUGCAACAAAAUAAUGAUCUGAAACACAGGAGUAAAUCAACAACAGAAUGUUUUAAAAAGGAGGAAAUUCAUGUUUUGGAAUGGCCGAGUCAGAAUCCAGAGCUUAACCCAAUUGAGAUGCUGUGGCAUGACCUGAAGAGGGUUGUUCAUUUAAGGUAUCCUAGAAAUAUUGAUGAACUGAAACAGUUUUGUACACAGGAAUGGUCUAAAAUUUCUCCUCACCGUUGUUUAGGAAAUGUUUAGCGGAGAUAAUUGCUGCCAAAGGUUCUACCAGUGAUUAAAUAUAAGGGUUCGCAUACUUUUUCCAGCCCGGACUGUGAAUGAUGAAACAAUGUAUUCAAUAAAGGCAAGAAAAGUACAAUUGUUUGUGUGUUAUUAGUUUAGGCAGAUCAUGCUUGUCUAUUAUUGUGACCUAGAUGGAGAUCAGACAACUGUAAUUCAUGCAGAAAACAAGGUGAUUGCAAAGGGUUCAUAAACUUUUUUCUUGCAACCGUAGGUUGUUUCUGCUAGUAAGUGUUUCAUUGAAGAGAAUGGAAAAUCUCUCCACUGAAUCCAUUUACAUCAAUGGCCACCUUAUUAGAUACACCUGAGAACCCGAUGUGGUCUUCUGCGUCUGCUGUAGCCCAUCCACUUCAACUUUCAAUGUGUUGUGCAUCAGAGAUGCUCUUCUGCACACCACUGUUAUAUAGUGUGGUUACUUGAGUUACUGUCACCUUCUUGUCAGUUUGUACCAGUCUGGCCGUUCUCCUCUGACCUCUCACAUUAACAAGGUGUUUUUGCCCAAAGAAUUGCCGCUCACUGGAUACCUUUUGCUUUUUGCACCAUUCUCUGUAAACUCUAAAAGCUGUUGUGCAUGAAAACUGCAGGAGAUCAGCAGUUUCUGAGAUACUCAAACCACCCUGCCUAGCACCAACAAUUAUUCCACAGUCUAAGUCAUUUAAAUCACAUUACUUCCCCAUCUCGAUGUUUGGUCCAAACAGCAACUGAAUCUCUUGACCAUGUCUGCAUCCUUUUAUGCAUUAAGUUACUGCAUUGUGAUUGCUUGAAUAGAUACUUGCAUUAAGGAGCAGCUGUACAGCUAUACCUGACAGGUCACCACUGGGUGUAUAUGUUACAUUAUCUGGCUGCCAAGGUCAGUAUGCCUCCAGGGACUGCCGUGCUUCUGCGAUCAACACAUAGCUGUGUUGUCAGGUAUCUUGUAUUAAAUGCUUGGAAGACCAUGAGGCAUUACAAUAGAAUUAGGCCAUUUGGCCCAUUGAAUCUGCUCUGCUAUUCAAUCAUGGCUGACAUAUUACCCCUCUCAACCAAUUUUCCUGAAUUCUCCCCAUAACCUUUGAUACCCUGACUAAUCAAGAACCUAUCAAUCUCUGCUUUAUGUAUACCCAAUGCCUUGGACUCCACAGCCAUCUGUGGCAAAAAAAAAUCCCAAUAUCUACUAGCCUCUGGCUAAAGAAAUACCUCUUCUUCUAUGUUCUAUGGUGGGAGUUCCCACCCUGGGGGGACUCCUCAGUUAAUGGUAGGGGUCCACGGCAUAGAAAAGGUUGGGAACCCCUGCUCUAAACGGCCAUGUUUCUAUUCUGAGGCUGUGCCUUCUGCUCCUAGACUUCCACACUACAAGAAACAUCCUCUCCAUGUCCAUUCUAAUAAGAACUUUCAAUAUUCGGUAGGUUUCAAUGAGAUCCCACCUCAUUAUUCUAAACUUCAGUGAUUACAGGCCCAGAGCCAUCAAACAGUCAUCAUAUGUUAACCUUUCCAUUCCCAGGAUCAAUCUCGUAAACCACCUCCGGACCCUCUCUAUUGCCAGUAAAUCCUUUCUUGGAUACAGGGCCCAAAAUUACUCACAAUACUCCAAAGCAACAGACGCAAGAUGCUGGAAAAACUCAGCAGGCCAGGCAGCAUCAAUUGGGAAGAGUAAACAGUUGACGU